AGAUUUAAAAGCAAUGGGAUUUGAAUCGGUGAGGAAACUUAAUUUAUCUCACAACGCCAUUUCUGAAAUUUCUCUGGGCAGAUUAUCCAACACACUACAGGUCUUGGAACUAAAUAACAACAAUUUGUCAAGAAUACAUCCUGACGUGUUAGAAUUCCUGAAACAAUCUACGAAUUUAACUCGAUUAACGUUACACGAAAAACCUUGGAAAUGCGAUUGCGAAGCUAAUGAUUUUCGAAGUUUCAUUCAAACGAAAUUAGUGAAUCUAACCGAUCUGUUUAAAGUGACAUGUCCGGGAAGGAAAAUUUCCGUAUCGGUAAUGACCAUGGUUGAUUUUUGCCCGUCGUACAUGACAACGAUUAUGGUCAUUUGUAUAGUAAUCUCUCUAGCGGGAUUUCUUAUCGGCAUCUUUGGGCUACUCUAUUACAAAUACCAACAGCAAAUUAAGGUGUGGCUUUUCGCGCAUCAGUGGUGCUUAUGGUUCGUAACGGAAGAAGAGUUAGAUAAGGAAAAAUUGUACGACGCAUUCGUGAGCUACUCGCACAAGGACCACGAUUUCGUCGUGGACGAACUGGUGCCCAAGUUGGAAAAUGGUCCGACGCCGUUCAAGCUCUGCCUUCACUAUCGGGAUUUUCUACCGGGCGAAUGGAUCCCGGCGAAUAUCGCCAGCUCCGUAGAAAAUUCCAGACGGACGAUAGUGGUGCUGUCGCCGAACUUCCUGGAGAGCGUCUGGGGAAGGAUGGAAUUUCGUGCCGCCCACAGUCAAGCGUUGAGCGAAGGUCGAGCGCGAGUGAUAUUAAUCUUGUACGGCGACAUCGGCCAUACCGACGAUCUGGACUCAGAACUGAAGGCGUACUUAGACAUGAACACGUAUGUCAAAUGGGGAGAUCCCUGGUUUUGGGACAAAUUGAGAUACGCGCUGCCGCAUCAGCCUAAACCCGCGAGAAACAGCAUCGCCGGGAAGAAAAUCUUCGAGAAUCACCAACUGUACAUUCAAACGAACGGAGAAAAGAAGGAGCUCAUCUAUCCGAUUGGGCUUCCUGAGACUCCA